GACCUAUAUUCCAACAGCAGUAAUGACAGACAUAGUCCAUCGAGUUGGGAGUGAUGGAUUCCGGAAUCUUGGUCCUCUGAUCGCAGCCAGCCCAUUCUUUCAAGAAAUCGUCUUCCGCCGUGAUGUUUUGCUAGACAUCGAUCUGGAUGAGUUCUUGUUCAACUCAAGGCUCGGUAGGGAAGAUUCCGUCUACCGACCGUUUCUUUUGAGAUGCGCAGCAGAAGGGAAUGAGGUUGCAAGAUAUGUAAAAGCACUUCGCCGUUUGACGCAAGACGGACCGUCUGUGGAAACAUUAGAGAUGCUUGGAGAAGUUGGAUACUCUUCCAUCUAUGUUACAUUUGCAUUUGCAGUUAUGCUCCUCUAUUGUGGUUCUUAUGAGCAAGGUAUGGUUGUUACCCGCACUUUCUUUAGUAGGAUUCAAACAUUGGAAGAGGCAAUCGCCGUUGCCGGUGUAGUAGAAGACCAAAUACGUCAUAUCGGACCAGGCGGUCGCAAUGUGUUUUCUGGUUAUAUUCAUUUCAAAGAGUAUCCAAUUUGCUACUUCGCACACACAAACUCGACUACUGCCAUUUGUCACCAUUGUUUUGCGUUUAGUUACGCCACCACUUUCCAUGAAAUGUGUUAAAUUAAGUAACCUUUCUUCCAACGUUCUUGUUCGCUUUUGUUGUCUCCAAACUCUGUUAUGUGAUGAACGCUUGUUCUUGUUCGAUUCUAUAUGAUUGUCUAUGUUUAUAUAUUAGUUGUCUACUUUCUUCCUAAGUAAAAUUUCUUCCUACGU